AGACAGUGUGGCACACUUUCCCGCUUUAGUCCAUAGAACAACACAAUGGCGACCGGUCCAAGGAAUAGUUGAACCUGCGAAGAACGAAGUAUCAUUUAAUCAGAAGAUAAAGGCAGUUACCGAAAACAUUGCAUCGAUAUCCAAACGUUUUCUAUCCCUAAUUCAGAUUUAAGAAGUCAGGUUUCAAGAUGAGUUACCAGAAAUUCUAUUCCAACCAGAUCCACUCCAGCUCACUGCUGUGUCAGCUGUCACACUUAUGGAAGAGUCAGCUUCUGUGUGAUGCGCUGAUCAGGGCCGGGCCGGUCACUAUCAAGGCCCACAGAUUGGUGUUGAUAGCAGCAUGUCCCAUGCUUCAAUCCAUGGAGAAUGCGUCGGCAGGUUCACAUCUAGAAGUUCGUCUAGCAGCCGACAUCAAACAAGAAUCAGUCAACACAUUCCUACAGUAUUUAUACGAGGGCUUCAUGAUGCUAACUGAAGACAAUGUUCGUGAUGUUGAGAAGGUAGCUAGACUUUUACAGGUAGAUGGUGUCAUCAAAUGUUGUGCAGACUUCUACAAAGCUCUCAAAACCAAAACAGGUGUAGCCAUUCAGCCUGGCCACAAUUACAAAUACUCCUUCCAAGAUUUAAUAGAAUUCCGUCACGUCCGAGCAUCCGAAAUCAUCAAAUCCACACAAGAUAGAAUGACAAAACGUACUUCGGAAUUUUCACGACCAGGAAGUCCAGGAGGGAAGAGACAGAGAAUGUACAUGCAUCCAGGAAGUCCGUCUGUGGACAGAGCAGAUGACCAUCACAGUAUGUCUGAUAGUUACAAAGCUAGUCACUUGGCCCCUGACCCUUGGGAAAGGGUUCCUAGGCUUGGGUCAGGCAUGGGUCGCCAAGGUGCUACUGGGAGGAAUUCCCAGCCCGGUGUCAUAGAAAUUGUUGAAGACAGUUUGGAAAUUGUACAAACUGAACCAAUUAACAAAGAUCCAAACAAGCCGUCAGAUUCACGACAGACUGUUCAAAAGAGUGUUGCCAUUUCUAUAGCUAGCCAAAUCACAGACAGUACUGACCUUCGUGUGGUGAAUAUCACUGGAAGUAAUCGAGAUGGCAGCAACACCACCUCAACCACAAGUUCAUCAAAAAGUUCAUCCCAUGCCCACCAAGAGUCAUCAUUCCCACCAAAGUCCAAUGUUUUAUCAUCGCCAUUAACAUCACUACAACAGUCAUUUUCAUCAUCUGGCGCCAUGCACAGAAUGCCAGAUAUGUCAUCUCAUGUUAUGCCAGGUCCUUCAUUCCGUCAAGAAAGGGCUCCAGAACACUUUCAUAUUCCAAAUUUCAGCAGUACAGACCUAGAACUAGUGCAAGUCCCAAAACCUAACAAAAUGCAAGAGGCUGCUGCCAGCACUAGUAGUUCACAAUCACAGCGCCAACCCUUCCCAGUGUCCUUGUCUCCAGUAGGUGCUUCUUCCAAAGCAUCGUUUGCUAUAGGGAGUGCCAGUCAGUCCCCAAGCAGUCAGCCAAUGGGUUCCCCGAUGGCAGCACCCACAUCCACUCCCAUCCAACCAGCACAAAUAGCCCGGUCCCACUCUCAGGGUAGCAGUGCAGGGCACAGUGACAGUGGUAUGGAGAGGGCGUCACCUGUGGUAGACAGUGGCAAGGACCCUUCUAGCUAUAAAGAAAAGCAGGAACCGUCGCCAUCAAGUACUGCUGAAAUGACCCCAGACAUUAGCAUAGUUAAGGUCGAAGGUCAGGACAAGGACGACACAGGGGGGCUGGACAUGUAUGUUGACAUGCCACCCGACGGAACAAUGACAAUGCACUCUGGAACUGGCGAGGAAAGCGACAAUGAUCACGACGAAGCAUUAGAGGAAUGGGCACGCGAGGAAUCGGCAAACGAAACUGGAGAUAUGAGUCAAAUGGACCCAGGAGGGGCAAAAGGCCCAGGUCGGGCUGAUCCGCACCGCGAUUUUGGCGCUCUGGGUAUUGGCAGCGAUCCAAUGGGGAUCGUACUCACGGGCAGUCUGAUGUCUCCUCAAAUAGGCGACGUAUCGUCCGCACACCACAGUCUCUACCUUGCUGACCAGAAGGACAGUUUACUUAUGUACCACAGGCCAGUGACGGCGAAGGGAUACAAGAAACCAUGUUUGUUCUGUCAGAUCAACAACGUCAAGACCAAGUCGGGAUGGUACACCUACACCUACUAUAAGUGUGAAGCUUGUGAUAUCCCGCUCUGUCAACCUCAGGGCAAACGAGAUUGUUUCGUGCGCUACCAUGAAUACUUGGCUGCCGGUCAGAGCAAAUCUGAACCUGAUGCGACUCAUAAGCAUUCGUCCGGAUAUCUGUGACUGAAAAGCAGCAAUACAGAUUGGAGUGUUUAACGACUACACACAGUCUGAUCUGACCUGUAUAUGAAUCCUUGCCGAGGCUACAAAGCCUUCAUGGAGGUUGUGUUUGUCUAGGGAUCACUUAAUGUGACACUGCAUGUCUUUAUAUCACCAGUAAUGUAAUUAUGUUCUUCGAGCAAUAAUCCCAAUGGCUAGUCUUGAGAAUGUGGUAAAAUAUGUACCUUUAUUGAAUUAUACUAGUUGGGGUAUUGUUUGUCAUUGAUCUACAUACCUAGCGAGUGGAAGGUUCCGACACACGUAGUGACUUUAUUUAAAUGAAACCAUGUCUUUUUUUGUAAUGGUUAAUAAGGAUUAUAUUUGAAUUUUGCAGAAGGAACUUUUAUACAAGUAGAAAAAUAUGUCUUAAGGUAAAGGGAACCGUACGAUUUAAAUGUAAUAUUACUGAUGACACUGUUAUGAAAUAUUUGCCUCUUAUUUUUCUGCUUUUCAUUGUACAGAUUGCAGUUAUUCUAAAAUUUGUUAAUGUUUUUUUUGGAAAAAAAAUGAUUGAUAAACAAAAGAAAUAGGGGAACAUGCCAUGAGUCAGAAUAACUCAUUCACCCCUGAAGACACAUUUGAACUCUUCCACUUCAAAGGUUGGAAUAGUUCAUUAUGAAAUUUUGGGGGUGAAUGAGUUAAAAUAUGUGCUGCCUCACUCCGUAUUUCUGGUAAUUGUUUUUUUCUUGGCAUAUCCACUACCAAUCCCACAUAUUACAAAUGUUGCUGCAAUCAACAGUUUGUAAUUUCACUGUUUCAAUAUGAAAUAUGCUUACAUUGCAAAGGGAAGUAACUCUUGCUUUAUCUGGAACUCUUCUUUGCAAUUAGAAGUGCUGAGGUGGUACCCUUAACCUUAGACACAUGUUUCACCUAUCUGUAUAUACCAGUUUGAGGGAGUUGGUCAAAGCAAAACAAAAAUGAGCACAAUUUUAACGAGAUGUUCAGCGACAGGAAGUACAGAUCUGAUUAUUGUAUGUUGUUUAUUAGAAUCAUUUGAUUGAGGGUCGACUAUGACAGCAGAUAGAAUUUGCACAGAGUACGAUGUGUUAUAGAAUGUGAUCGAAAAAAGUUCUUCAUCGCAGACAUUUUCUGUUGUUUUGGAAUUCCUUCAAACUACUGGUGACAUUUCCUGAUACGUAGUUUUGGAUGGGUUUUACCAUUUACCAUUUACCAAAUGAUUAUCGGAUAGACUAUAUAUAUCAGUGGCACACAGUUGGUAUUUGAAGACCGUAUAUAUAUAUUAUAGUUUAGUUAAAUAUAUAUAGCAUUUAGCUUUUUCAACAUAUUUAUUUGUUGGGAUCUAUUGUCAUCUGUCAACAAACGGCAAAUCAAAGUAUCACAGAAUCCAAGCAUUUAUGACCAUAUAAGGUUGUUGACGUCCAGAUUGACCAAGUAUGUGAGUGUGUAUUGUAUGACGAUUAUCAUGUUGAAUCCCAGGACACGUUUGUCCCGUUACCUGUUGUAAUCACUAUGUAAAUAUCACCAAUUUAAAAUAUACCUUCAGAUGUCAUUGAAUGAUUAAGUGGUAUACUAUUAGAUACAACCACAUCAUACUGAGGCUAUUUUAGCGGACCUUACUUGAAGAGCUAAAUUUGCUUUGGUUAUGAGAAUGAGUCCAUCGUCCGUCAUCAAUUUUUCUGUAGAAUGCUUUAAUUUAGUCCAGAAUAGCUGGUCGGUAUUACCUAAAUCUAGUAAAGAGCAUCCAUUGGUGAAAAUGGAUUCAAUGUUAAAUAAAAGGUAGGCUGUGACUUUCGCUUGUGACACGUGGGCAGAGGGGCGGGGUCGAAUAUUGGAAAUAGUUUCAGUAAGCGAUAAUUAAUCAGACUUGGUGCCAUACAUUAAGGGCUGAUUUGAGAGAGCUGCUGUGGUGUCUUAUUUUCACUUCUCCAUUUCCACAAUGGUGACUUUACAAAAAUAAUAGUUGUAAAGAGUGCCUUUCUGCUGAUAAAGUGUUUUUUUCGGUCAUUCAAAAUUAAACAUGAAUACCUGCUCUCUGAUUGGUUUAGAAAUUUCAGCGUUUCAAUUUCUAACUGUUGAAUGAAAACCGGAAUUGAUAGGAAUUACAUUCCUGAGCAGGUGAUGUUAAUAACAGUAUUAAUUGGAAAUCUGAAGAUGGCCACCUUGUCUUAAAAUAGGAGAAAUAAAGCCUUUUCUUGUCUAAUUCAGAUAGAAACAUGUUAGCAAAUACUAUGCCAUAGACGUUUUGUUAACGGUAAUUGACGAUGCUUUAGAUAACAGUUUUAUUCUUUAUAGAAAAUUAUAAUGAUGUUUCCGAAGAUACCUGUCUACAUGUUAUUACUCUCCCGGUUGUAUAUAUUCAUGAGUUUAAUGUCAAAGAUGUUUCUUGCUAUUUUUUGUCACAAAUGUACGCACAUACUUAUUGUAACAAAUUUCAUAUAACAUGAUUCUUUUUAUAUCUAAUUGCCAUAGACACGUUUCACUGUUAUAGUAGUGUUGUAAAAUUGUUCAUUCAAAUAUGUAACAUUUAAUUUUUCUUAUGACCAAAAAAAGGAAUUUUCUGCCCAAAUUUAUCGGUGGUUUAUCUUUCUGAAUGUGUCACUGAUGACUUUAUGAUUUUGUAGAGUUGAAAGUUUUACAUAUUAUAUGACACCAAAUUGGAGAUUAUAUACAUGCUUAAUAUGAAAUAUAUAUAUGACACUAGACAGGUUACCAAAGCUAUGUUUCACUUAGUAAACAUGUUUUAACUUGCUCACCCCUGAAAUUUCAUAAUGAACUAUUCCAACCUAUGAAUUGGAAGAGCUUAAAUGUGUCUUCGAGGGUGAAUGAGUUAAAAAGGAACAUAUUUUUUUUCAGGGACUUUUAAGGCAUUAAGUAUGUUUUAAGCGAAACCAAUGUGUCUUGUACCUGAUGAUCUUUUUUAUGAAAUCUAAGUCAUUGUUCCUGAUGAAGAUUCAAGUGAAAUUCAUUUCUCUUGUUUAAUUAAUUUUAAUUGAAAUUAAAAUUGUUUUGCCAAUUGAAAGUUUAAUUGAAGUCAAAGUCUUUAGUGUCCUAUAACUUUGCAUCUUUUCAAAGUCAUUUACAUGCCAUCUUUUCAAGGAUCAACAUUGUUUCCUGGAAGGGGGUUCUGUUGUGCUGUGUUGCAAAAUCUUACAGUUUUUAAGAUCGUAAGAAGGACCCAUGUUUUGAUGAAAUUCCAUGGUUUAAGCUGUUCUAUGCAAUGAAUGAAUUUAACUUGGAUUUUGAUGAGGGGGACGUUGGAAGUUUCUAUUCAUUUGAAAUUGAUUUCUGUUUACAAAACCUUGUCAUAUAUAUCACUCGUGUUCCUACAUGUGCAAACAUUAAAUGUGUUGUGAUUGUAAUAAACUGUAGCUAGAGAUAAACAAGGUGUUAUGUGUUUU